AUGAUAAAGUUUGCAGCAUGGAAUAUUAGGGGUCUUAAUGCCCUAAUAAAGCAAAAAGAGUUACGUGAUUUAAUCCAUAUAAAGCAUCUUUCUUUAUGUUGCAUUAUUGAAUCAAAAGUUGUUCAUAGUCACCUGGGGGAAGUUUGUGGUAGAGUUUUUGGUAAUUGGAGUUGGAUCACAAAUGGGUUAAUGUGUGACCAAGGAACGCGGCAUAUUAUCACUUGGGAUCCUUCUGUGUUAUCCCUGAUGAUGAUUGAGCAGCAUUCUCAAUAUGUGCAUUGUGAAAUUAGGAUUGUUGGUCACCUUGAACCAAUUUUUAUUUCCUUUGUUUAUGGGYGUAAUACGGGAGUGGAAAGACGUGACCUUURGAGAGAUAUUGGUAAAUUUAGUGCUCUUGUCCAAAGGAAAGCUUGGGUUGUAAUGGGAGAUUUCAACUCUAUGCUUUUUCCACAUGAUGGUUUGGGCGGCUCCUCUAGACRCAAUUCUGAUAUGGAGGAGUUUCAUCUUUGUCUGGAAGAGGCAGAAUUGUUUGAUAUCUCRUAUYRRGGAUGCCAAUUUACCUGGAUACAGAAACCUUCUGGGGGUAAUGGAAUUAUGCGUAAACUUGAUCGUAUCUUGGGGAAUUCUGCUUUUAUUGCUCGAUUUGGGGACGCCUCGGUUUUCUUUGAACCAAGGGGGAUCUCAGAUCAUUCUCCGGGUAUUCUUUCCUUUAAAGUUGGUAGACGUAUUCGUCAGCGUGGUUUUAAAUUUGAUAAUUUUAUUACUUCUCAUGUGGAUUUCCUUAAGUCUGUGGAGGGGGUGUGGAUGAAACCUCAGAGAGGUUCAUAUAUGAAAAGAUUGAUUCGGAAAUUGCAAGAAAUGAAAGGGGUUUGUCGUCGGCUCAUAAAUUCUUAUGGGUGUUUGGAUAAAAGGGUGGCUCAGUUAAAGACGGAGCUUGAUGUUGCUCAAUUGGCUUGUGAUCUCGACCCGUUUAAUGAUUUGCUGAUAGAGGAUAUUGCUCACCUCUUACUAGCAUAUCAAAAGGCUAGAAAUGAUCAAGAGGAUAUGGUUCGACAAAAAGCUAAGAUCUCUUGGCUUAAUGAAGGUGAUGGAAACUCAAAGUUCUUCUUCCAUGCUAUGAAAGAGAAGCGUAAUAGGAGCCAUAGCUACUAUUAG